AGCAAAGAGAAAGGUGGAAGAAGCAAAGAAAAAGAUGGGAGAAGAACAACAGAUGCUGAAAAAGCAAGCCAGGCUAACGGAGACCCUGAGCGAUAGAAAAAGAAGAGACGGGGAAGAGAGAAAGGAAGAUGAAAAUAAGUGUGUGAAGGAAGCAAGGGAAGGAGACAGGAGAGAGCUCCUGAAAGAAAAGAGACUAAGUGCAGAAGAAAAUAUGACACACAUGGAGAAACAAAUGAGAGAGCUGGAGGUCAAAGAUUCCUCCAUCUUCUCAGCUGGUGCUGAGGUCAAACAGACCCAGUGCAAAGAUGUCUCCAUGGUUACUGCAACUGAGUCAAAGACUCUGAACCCUCAGAAGGACCAGCCAGCAAAGUGCAAAGAUUUCUCUGUGUUUUCCACGAGCAGUCAAGGCGUGGCCAAGGUCCCCCAGGUUCUGCAGGUCAAAGUGAGUAAUAAAAGUGAGAGUGUCCAAAAGAAAGAUGGGAAUGACAAAGUAACAGCGCCAAAGACAGAGGCAGAGCUCCUUAUGGACAAAUUUGAGAGGAUGGCAGAAGAGGAGAGAAUUUGGCCUUGUCAGAAGGAUAGGAGAGAUAAAGACCAGGCCAAAGAGAUAGAGGGAAAGAGAAAGGAGGAGGAGGUGCUGUCUAAAGAAGAGCAGCGCAGGCUGAGGAAUGAGAAGGCCUUACAGGAACACCUGGACAGGGUAAAGAAUCCGGAAUUGACAGGCAAACAGACCAGACAACCACAAUGUAAAGAUUACUCUAUUUUCACUGCAUCAGGGCUAAAGAGCAAGGACCCGCAUGAUCAACAGUCAGCAAAAUGCAAAGAUUUCUCUGUGUUUUCCACGAGCAGUCAAGGCGUGGCCAAGGUCCCCCAGGUUCUGCAGGUCAAAAUUACUCUAUUUUCACUGCAUCAGGGCUAAAGAGCAAGGACCCGCAUGAUCAACAGUCAGCAAAAUGCAAAG